AAGUUCUUUUGGUUACUUCAUCAAACAGCCAACACAAUGGGGGAAGUGGAGGAAAUGUCCCAUAAACACUAUGAAAAGGGAACCAGAAAACCUAACAUGUAAUCUUAGAGUAAUGACAGCAUUAGAAAACAAACCUACAAGAGAGAACACCUUCCAGAACUAUCUGAGAUGCAUGAAAAGCCAACAUUCACUAAAGCUGGAGCUCUACUAAGUCUGUACAAAGAUAAGUGGCAUAUUUGACCUUCACCAUGAUUAACAAGCAUUUCUUUGAAAUUGUGUUGGUGCUGUUGGCCUCUUCUACCCUCUUCUCCGUCGGACUGAAACUGGCUCUCAUCCAACAAAGAGUAAACAGAGAGAGUUUAAGACUCUGGAAUAAAUUGCAAAAAUCAUCAAUUCAGCAGUGUCUACCACACAGGACAAACUUCCUACUUCCCCAGCAGUCUCUGAAUCGUCACUGGGACCAGAGAGGACAGGCACUGGUCAUUCUUCAUGAGAUGCUUCUGCAGAUCUUCAACCUCUUCAGGGCAGAUAUUUCUCUGCAUGGUUGGGAGGAAAGGCACAUGGAGAAUUUCCUCACUGAACUUCAUCAACAGCUGGAAUACCUAGAAGGGCUUAGAGACCUGGAAGCAGAGCAGAAAAGUGGCAUUCUGAGUGGUAAGAACCCUAGGUUGCAUGUUAAAAUGUACUUCUGGAGGAUCCAUGAUUACCUGGAAAACCAGGAGUACAGCCGCUGUGCCUGGACCAUUGUUCGAGUAGAAAUCAACCGGUGUCUGUUCUUUGCCUUCCAACUGAUAAGAAAGCUAAGAAAACAAGAAAUGGAUUCCUUGAAGAAUGUAGAGCAAGAGCCAACUGCAGGCUUUAAAAGCAUAGGGUAG